CGGCUACGAAACGGAAUAGGAGUUAUGUACAGAUGAUAACAAUAAUAAUACGCUCUCGCCGUCGUCAAUCGUGUACCGCAGUUUUCGGCAGCGCGGUCCCGAGACCGAAAUCGUCAUUCCUGUCGCCGCGAGACGACGGGAGAGAGGUUUUCUGGUAGAGAUUCCUAUUAUUGUUUUUCGCGUACCCAUAUCUACACCCGGGCGUGUUGCGCCGCGAAAAUGCUCGCCGUCCUCGUUUCGCUGUUGCCCUUGGUGCGCGUGUUGCCCGGUUGCCACUGUCAGUCGACAAACGCCACCGCCGCCAUCACCGCUACUACCGUCACGAGCGUCGUCUCGGGUUCGUUAACGUCCAAAGUCGGCGGUUACGCGGUGUUCGAUUGUCCGGUGCCGCUCGAAUACGUCACCCGCCGUAGUCGUCCUCUCGUAAUACGAUGGACGAAAAACGUGAGUGUUGAAAAGCAAUAAAAAAAACCGUAGCAGUGCGUUUAGCCGUUCAACUACGGCAAUCACGUGACGUGUCGAAUUAUGGGCUAUUUAUAGCGAUUUGACGAAUUUCGGAGUUUUUUUUUAAAUUUGUUCGUCCGGGUUUAUGCGGACAAAACUGUUUCGUUUCUGCGAAAAUGCUCGAAAAUUUAACCGUCCCGUGCGUUCCGCUUAAAACAAAAUAUAUUAUUUGGGUAGUUACGCGAUCUGUAUGCUAGGCACUAGCAAAUAAUAUUUUUUUUUCAUCCGAUUUCUUCUUGAAGACAUUUUCGUUUUAAAUAUUUCUAUAGUUGAGCACACUAUUCCCUUCCUUCGGUUGAUUAACGAAUCGCACAAUCGAAACUGUCAUUAAUUUGUUCGAUUCUGGCGUAACGAGGAAUACAUAUUGUUGUUAUUAUUAUUUUUUAUUCUGUUUGCGAAUAACGUUUCUACCAGAAAUCCAGUUCCAAUCAUCAAGUGUAGCAAUGGUCAGUGCGUUUAGGAAAUAAACUUUUGAUUUUCCUCGUAUUUUAGAUUCCGAGUGGAGCGAAGAAGUUUACGGUUUUACAAAGUUGAUUAGUUUUUUUUUUUAUCAGUGCUCAAAUUUUCUGCUAGAAAUCUUGUUCCGAUUUUUAAGUGUAUCACCUUUUCUGAAAAGAAAUCUGACAAAAAUCUGAAAAAACCGGAAAAUGUACGAAAUGUUAGUUAUUAGUUAAAAAAUAUUUCGUCUCUUUUUUCUGAAAGAAAAUUUCACUGGGAAGGUACUUUAGGGAGGUCAUUUUUCGAUUUUCCCAGGAGUUUUCAUCGGGGCUUGAAAACUUUUGUUAUCUUUUGUUUGCGAUAAAAAGUUUUGCUUUUUUUUUUAUAAUAUAACGGUUUUUUCUUUCAAUAAAUGUUAUCGUUCUAAAACGCUUCUUUCUUAUUAAUGAUAACUUUUUUUUAAUAUAAGCUAUUUCGAAAUGUUUUGUUAAUUUUUCUGACAACAGGGUAAAUUGUAUUAUUAUUAUCACUGUUGUAGAUGUCAUCAUUCGUGAUUAUUAUUUAUCAUUUAGAUCUGUUAACUCUACAUCUUUACUGUUAAGGUGAACUGUUUAGAAAUUCCGAAUUAGUUUCAUUUUCAAAUUUUGAAAAUGAUCUAACGUUUAUUUACCGGGUAUCACUAUGAAACGUUUUUAGCAUUCGUUGGUUUUAGGGUUUUCGUUAUAAACGUGAUAAUUUACGUAACUAUAACGUAAUUUUCGUUAAUUUCGAUUUUUUUUCCAUUACAAUUUAACUAGAGAACUGAAAUUUCCAUUGUUUACUGUUUAUAUUAGUAUUUUCUUGACAUGGCACAAUUUUCCAAACAAUCUGUUGAUUUUUAAAAUUAUUUUCAGCUGUCUAUAAUUUUCGAUUUGUAUAGUUUUAUUUGAAUUAUUUAAAUUCAGCUAAAAAGGUACGAAAAUUUAACACGAGAUUCAUUAUAAGUUGUAUUUAGUGGUAAAAGAAAUGUUGCGAAUGUAGUGAAGUUUUUUUUAAAAUUUGUACUAAAUUGUAAAAUUUAGUAGAUUUUUAACUUGUAUUCGACGUAUGCAAUUAUAGCUACACGUAUAAAUAAAUCUACUCCUGAUGGGUAAAAUACCUCAGUGGCAAAUCUAGAAUUUAUACAUCCUAGAGGCAAAAAUGCCCCCCUUCAAUUUACUUAGCCCAGCAUUGUUUCUUCUUUCCACUAAAAAUGUUUAUACCUAAAAUCAUUUAAAUUUUAUCACCCUUGACAUUUUACCGCACGGGGCCAUUUUCCCGUUUGCCCCUCCCCCUUUUAAAUGUCCCACUGAGUUAUAUACCAACUUAUCUUGGUGUAUCAAAUCGGUUUUACUUUCACAGGGGCAUACCGUAUUCACUUUGUCGGGCGGGUCGUUAACGACCGACGAACGGUAUGAAGGGCGGACGAGCAUCGUAGAACCCCCCGAGUUCAGCGAUGCCAUCGCCACUUCAAUUAACGUUUCCAGUCUUCGGGAAUCGGAUACGGGCGAUUACGAGUGCUUCGCGACGCACAAAAACCGCGAUCUGCAGUUGACUGCUUCAUCGCAGCGUCCGCCUUUACCGUCGUCGCAGCCUUUAUCACAUCAAUCGAGCACUGCCUCAACAUUGUCCGCCGUGGGAACGGAUAUCGUCGAUGCCGGUGUACGGAUCAAACUCGAUGUCCAAGGUAUCCAUCGUAUAUCUUGUAUAUAAAAUUGAAGUUCUAUCUGUCUGUACGUACAUAUGUAUGUAUGUAUGUAUGUACGUUAGGGUGAUUAGUUGUUUUUCAAAUAUAUGUAAAAAACUAUAGAACUUAGCAAAAAAACAUUUAGAACCUUAUCUAUAAAAAAUAUAAAAAAUAAGGACCACCCUAAUGCGUGUCCAGUGGCGUAAUUAUGACUUUUUUUGGGAGUGGGGAUUUGAGGAAUGUAUAAUUUGUUACGUAAACAUUGUUAGAGGGAACCUCACACCCCUCAUAAGAUUUAUGUUUCAGAUUGUAAGUGUAGCAAAAAAUAGGUAUUAAAUAUUGUGUUUAGAUGUAGUUUUUUUCUCAGAAAACAUUUUUUCAUAUCGAUUUUUUGUCCGCGUAUAUACUUUAUUUGAGCAAUUUUUUGAAAUUCCUCGAAAAAGUGUUUCAUCACUUACUCGUGCGUUUUUUUCAACUAUAAUAUUUUAUAUAAUAUUUCUUUUCGAAUUUUUAACGAAAAAAAUAUUUUUAAAUUAAUUUUUUUGACCGAUAUUUAUAGUUAUGGCAUUGACCUAAAGAUAUUAAUUUGCAUAUAAAAUAUAAAUAUAUAACUGUCCGUUAUUGUCGGAGAUGCGAGGUCAGUUUAUGAGUAAGUAAAUAUUAUUCAUGGUCCUUUUUAUAUUGGUAGGUUAACUAGAUGGUAUGAUACUGUUGACAGGAAGAAGCGAUAAGAAGGGCUUAUAAUAAUAUAAAUGUAUAGGUAUAUUAUAUACUUAAUCAAAAACAGUCAACAGAGAAGUGUGUCAACGAAACCACCAUAAUAAUAGUCGUAUUAUUUACCUACGUAUCUAAUAGUCCUACCGUACUAAUAUUUUAUUAUUAUUUAUCACACGCCGUUUUUUAAAUGAAUCACUUAGAUACAUUGCUCUCUUUUGACCUUGUAAAUUUAUACAUUUUAUAUCUAUAUAAUAUUAUCAUGAUUAUUUUCUGGAACUAUUGUAUACGUGUUAACCUUUCCAACUCGGUAGGUAUAGGUACAGGUUUCUCGAACAACUUUGGUCCCAGGGAAGAAGAGCCCGAGUACAUUUUUUUUUUGUAUAGUUUUGUCUUAUGCAAUAUUUUAAUCCUCAUUAAUUUUCAGUUUUAAUAAAAUAAAUGUGUAUGUAUGCAUAAAGGGUGACCAUAUGUAAAAAAAAAAAACAGGACACUUUUUUGCAAUGAGUAAAAAAAAUAUUAUUGAUUGUCAAAAUAUGAAACUUGUAUAAAUAAUAUAUAUAUAUAUAUAUAUUAUAUACUGUAUAAUACCUUUUAUAUUUAUAUUAUAACAACUAAACUUGUUACCUGUUAUAUUUUAAAAAAAAUCAUUCAUAAAUGUACAUUUGUUAAUUUUACAUAUUACAUAUUUUAUUCUAAUGUUUAUUGGAGUUCUUUCUUAUUUCGAAAGUCAUAUUUUUGUGAUGAACUUAUUAAAUCUAAUAGUUCAUUUUGUUUUAGAAGGAAAUUAUAAAAUUCAAGAAUUACAAGAAUAAUUUUUAAAUGAUUUUUAAUAAUAAUUAAAGCGUUUAUAGUAUCUAUAAGAAAACAAUUUUUUUCACCACUCCACAAUAAAUUUAUGUUAGUAAGCGUUCUUUCAACUGCUGUAUUUGUUCCGGGUAUCGCCAAAUCAUAUUCAAUAAUCCCUGAUAUGUUUGUAGGCCAAUAUUUUGAUUUACCAUAUACUUGAAAAUUUCACACCAUUUCUUUUCUACUUUUGUACAAUUUUUUUUCCAUUCAUGAACUCGUAUUUUGAAAAUGUUCACUACACGAUUAAAUUCAUCGAAUAAAUCAUCUUCAUCUAAUUUCUAACCGAUAUUAUUUUUGUUUUUUUCUUUCAAAAAAUGUAUACUUUGUUGAACAUCAUCCCAAGUAGGAUAAUUUAUUAAUUGAAUCCACCGUAAUUUUUUCAAAUCGUCAAAAUGAUAACCCCAUUUUCAAGGUAUAAUAAAAAAGUAUCGUAAAACAUAUCAGUAUUUUAUUUAAAUUACUUUUCAUCAUACAUGCUUUGUUUUUUCAAAUCAUUUCAAUUAUUAAAGUGAUAUAAUUUUAGAAGUCAAAAAAUUCUGAUUUUUCCUAUUUCUAAUUUUUCCACACAAAUCCUCCAAUUUAUCUGUUACUUCACACGCUUAUAUUUUAUCUCCUUCAAUUUUUUCAACAGUAUCAUAUUAAACUUUCAAUUGUCUUUGCAAAAAAUGAAGCCAUAUUAAUGAAAAAGGAUCAUUAAAAAAAGUUUUAUAAUCGUAGGACAUUUAUCUUGUGUCACGAAAUGUAAUUUUAAAGCUGGACAAAUUUCAAUUAUUCUUGUAAUUGCUGGUGAUAAAGAUAGCCAACGGGUUUUAACACUACCAUGAAUAUUUUUGAAUUCAAUAUUUGCAAAAUCACAACAUUUUUUCAAAUGUUCAACACGUACAGUAUAUAUAUGUAAGUACUGGAAAAUCUUGUUUACUAUAGAUUCUACAUCGAUCGACAAAAUAUCAGCACUUGAUUGCAUUGCGUUGUGUAAAACAUGAGCGGCGCAGCUGGUACCACAAAUAUUAUUUUUUAAACUUUUAUUUAGAAAUGAAAAAAUUGUUUUUUUUCUUUCCUAUUGGACUCUUCAAUGUUUGUGUUAUAAUUAUCGUCAGAAAAUGCAAUGAUUUUAUCUGAUAAUUUGUGUUUAUUCAAAAUCUCAAUAAUAUAAUUUGUUAAAAUAUCAGCAGUUUCGCCUUUUAAAUUUAUUAUUUCCAAAAUUUUUAUUUGCACGUCCUUUUUUGGGUUGAAAUAGCGUAUUAGUACAACUUUUAAGUUUUUAUGAUUUGAGGUAUCUAUCAAAAUUGUUGUAAACUUUGCAAAUUUUAAUUAAUUACAAACUAGUUUCAUGGCAAAAGGAGCAAAAACGUUUAAAAUAGUUAAUUCGGUUUUAGUACGAGCACAAGAGAAUUUUUCGUUAUAAAUUCUCUAUAUAUUGAUCUAAAAGAAUGAUUAUGUAUGAUCAUAUGAAAUGAAAAUAACCCCUAUUUUACUGCAAGAUGCUUACUUUCAUCAGAUAACCCAACUGGGCUUUGUUUUUAAAAAAAAGGUGUAAUAUCAUUACUUGACGUAGAAGAUACUGCACGUAAAUGUUUUUUCGCUUUGGUGAUAUGUUGUUUUAUGUCUGCUCAGCCACUAUUUUCAAUUGAAAAUACAGAUUUACAUACUGAACAAAACACUUUUCCAAUUUCUUCAGGGUAAAAACGCACCUUCUUUUCGGCAUUGUAAAAAAUGGAUAAACACGCACUGCACGUUGCACAAGACCAAGACAUGUACUAAUGACUAAUCGCCAGUUGAGAUAUUCGUACGUAUUUUAUAUUUAUACCAACACAUUAUGUUUAUACGUUGAAAAUACAUGUAUAAUAAAUAAUAUUUACAGAAUAGAGGUUGAAAUAGAUUCUAUAGUCUAUACUUAGAUAGAGGAGAAAUAUUCAAAAAUAAAAUCAAAACUAAAAAUAAUUUCAAUCCCUUAAUAAAAAUAAAUAUCGUUCUAGUGUUAUGAAUGCUAUUAAUAUUUAUUAUAUCAUGUUACAAUAAUGAUAUAUUAUUCUUAUCGGCGAUCGACAUAUUCGUAAUUUUGGGGAAAAUAAAUACCUGCACUAAAAAUACAUGUCUCAACAUGACUUGAUUUCAUAGAUAAAAAUAUCUAAAGUAGUUUAUUAACAACAUUUUUAUCAAUUAAUCACUUUUUGAUGAAAAAAUAGUGAAAAACAGGAUUAACACAGGAUAGUAACGGAAAACAGGACUACGUGCGUCCUGUUUAAUUCCAAUUAAAAAGACAGGACAUCAAGCUGAAAAAUAGGACAAUCCUGUUUAAAACAGGACGUAUGGUCACCCUAUUCUAAUAUAAUAUGUGAUAUGUAAUACUCGUCUUAUGAAAACCAAAAUACUCUAGGUUACUAUAAGUAUAUAUAUAUUUAUAUAUUGAAUUUUUUUGUUUGGUAAAAAGGCAUUUGUUAAAUAAUAAUUUAGCCAUAUUACUAUUGAAUAUUUAGAAAUAUUCUCAAAAUGUAAUUUACUUGUAUUGAAAACUACACAAAAUUGACUUAAGUCCUUUCUCCAUGGGACCAAUGAUACCUAUAUUACGUAUACUAUAUUAUUUUUAACGAAAAUUUGACUGACUACAAUAGGUAUUUUUUAUUAAUUAUAAAUUCGGUGUAAGCACAUAUAUAAAUAUAUAAUAAUAUAACAAUAAUAAUAACAAACGCAAUAAAUUUUCCACUGAAACUUAAUUAAUGCAUCCGUACACCGACGUUAUUUUUAUCUGUAGUCUACGUCUUAAAAAAACAUUUACGUUUAAAGAAUUUAUUGUUAUAAAAAUAAAAUGAAUAUAUUUUUUUUAAAUUUUUAAAUAACUAGCUGAAUUAUCCGGCGUUGCCCGGAAACAAAUUCGUGACAAAUUAGAUAACGCCAUGUAUUACCAUUUACCGUCUUAAAUAUCUUAAUUAUCGAUAAUAUACAUAAUAACCUAAUAUCUAUAUAUUUAUUUUUAUCGAUAAACUUCUCGGAACAAUUUUAUUCUCGGAAUCAUUAUUCUUAUCUACACGACGACGACCAAAAAUGAUAGGUUGCAGGUAGCUGGAGACCCGCGGGCCGCCGCGCCUUACAAUACGUAUUGGCGGUGAAUAAUUAUAAUUGUUAAUUACUCCACUAAAACGCAACAUUUUUGAAAAUCCCUCCUUAUUGCACGGUGAAUAGUGAAUACAGGUGUAAUACGGUGAACACAUCAUAGUAAAACCAAUAGAUCCCUUCGCUCAGAGUUUAAAAAUAAAAAAUAAAUGACACUCUUAGUGAGUUCUAGUUGUACAUGAUAAAAUAAUUCAUAAUUUGUUUUGGGAGAUAGGUGGAGAUAUAAUGAGCAUACCGCCAAUCAAUCAAACCAGGUUGGAACACGAGUCUGUCCAUUUUAGUUGCGUGAAAGAAGAUCUCGAGUCAACAGUCCAAUGGUACAAAGACGGCGUGCCGUUGGACGAUCUGCCAAUUUUGAAUGGUAGAUUUAACGUGUCGCUCGAAGGAUCAUUGGACAUUUACGACGCGGGAUUAAACGACAACGGUUUCUAUUUGUGUCGCAUAAUGUCGGCGAAAGGCACAUUUUCAGCCGGAGCUUUUCUCAACGUUCAGUGUAAUUUCCUAAUUAAUAAAUAUAAUAUAUCAUUUGAUUGCCGCACACGUGUCGUAUGAAAUUUAAAUAAAAACAAAAAUAUUAUCAAAAAAUAAAUUACUUACCACUUGUCUCAUAUGCUAUCUACGAGUAUAUUCUAUAUUAUAUAAAAUAAUAAUAACGUAACCUUAUAGGUACUUUUAUGUUCAUUGAAGUCUGUAAUUCUAGAAUUGUUUUUACAUAUUUUUGGCCCAGAGAUAUGAAGUUGAAUGAUUUUUAAACUUUCACUUAACCUCUAUACUAUCAUGUUAUUCACUGAUAAAAAUUAUAUAUUAAAUACAAUGCAAAUUGAUUAGUACUGCGAUACCAGUAUAAUACGGUUAUAAAAGCCUAGAAGAUUUAAAUGAAAAGUUUCACAAAUUUCACAUCUCUACUUUUUGCUGUACCGCCAGUACCUAUCUACUAUAUACUUAUUGUCUUAUAAAAAUGCAUUUUUAUGUCAAAAAACUUUCAAAUAUAUAUCGAAUUGAUUUAUUGCCAUUAUUUUUCUGCUACUAUCUUUCGAGUAGUUUUAAAUUAGAUCCACUUGUAUUCUUUUAUACCUAUAUCAUAAUUUACCUUUAUUUAUUUCCAUGUUAACAUUCAAUCGUAAAUUGUGCUUAAGCACUUGUGUGCAAAUCAAGUAUAAAGUAUUUGCUACGAUCGACAGUUUUUUUGAAGAAAAUCAUGAUUUUCUAGCAGUGGUGUAGCUAAGAUUUCUUAAUAGUGAAGGGAGGAGGUGAAAAAAAAAACCAAAAUUACAUGUUUGUUAACGUUAAUUUCUUUAGUUACACUUGAACAUAUAAUACUCACUUAUUAACCAAUACCAUAUUAAAAUAAACCACAGAAACCAAAAAGUAACAUAUAUUAUAUUAUAAUGGAUAUGACUAUAUAACAACGAUUAUGAUUAAAAUAUUCAAUGAUACGGCCACUGUUGUUAUAUGCAGAUCUAUUAAAAAUACGCUCAGUACUAACAAAUUGCCAAGAGGUAUGGGCAAUUGAUGGUAGGUAUUAAAAUACUUAUAUUAGACAACUGUAUUGAAUGUAUAGGUACUGGAUAGCAUACCAGUGGUGGUCAAAUGAUUUGAUCAUAGGGGGGAGGGAUAAGGAUAAUUUUAAAGAACUAUUAUUAUUUACAUAAUCUUUUUUUCAUAACUAUGAAGGUAUAAUUUAAUAUACAGGGUGAUUUUGUAUGCAUGUUAACCCCUUUGGUAUGGUUGAAUUGUGCAUACAUUUAAAUUCUGAAUUUUGGAAUUUUUAAGUGCAAUGAACGGUAUUUUUAAGAUAUUUUUGCAUACUUAGAUUUUCCACAACAUUUAAUGUGUAGAAUAAUUUUAACGAGCAUCCUAUGGUGAUAACAACAUUCGAAGUCUCCCGAAGAAAUAAGGCCGUAUUGGCUGAGACUGUGUGGUAGACCUGGGUAACACUGAAUGCUGCUGCAGUUCGUUGGGCCCGUGUCAUAAUGUUGCGGCAUAUGGCGUGCUUGGUCACUCUGUCGGCCCACAUUGGGGCUGCGUAGAGCAACCUGCUGUUGACGACGAACAUUAGUUAGGUCCUGAGAGGGUCCUCCAAGGUUCGGCAUGAGUCGACCGAUAGCGAGAGUAGCCCGGGAGGCCUUUUCGGAGAUGGUGCGAAAGUGGCUGUUGAAUGAUAAAUGCGAGUCUAAGGGAGCCUCAUAUAGCGCAGAUUACUUUUAAUCGGAACGGCGUAGCCUCUUAUCGUCAGUUGUGGAUCGCGGAAUGUGCGAUUUUUCAUGUAGGAGCGAAGAAUCUUAAUCAAGUAUCCGGGGACACCCCUAUUCCGGAGAGACGCGUUGACGUGGCCCCAAGGAGACGUGUUGAACACGUUCUUGGACAUCAAAGCCAUGAGCAUGCACAGCUUUUGUUGUCGCGACGGUCUAUGGUCACCCAUUUGGCCAGGUUUUCCCGCUGUAUCCAGUACGCAUAAGGGCUGGAAGCUGAACGGGUUGUCGACAGGCCUAUCUGGGUCCUUGUAGGCAGUCACCGAGAGUGCCUCGUUCGUGAAGCUGUCGAUCCCGGUGGCUUGGCCCCUUGGAGCUGCCAUCCUGAACUCGUCCCAACCAUAAAUUAAUAUGGCCAAUCGGUAUUCCGGGAUUCUCUGUGCUAAUGUGUUUUGUAUGCAACGGAUAGCGACGGCCGACAAUGUGACGUAACGACAUAACGUAUAAAUUUAUAGAGUACUAUUAUGUACUAUUUAUUCGUGUAGUGCACUAUCAUUUUUUCCUUAUGCCUCGUGUAUCACUUCCCAAAAUAUUUUACAUCUACAUUAACACCAAUGUAAUUAUUACACUUUUUUUUAAAUUUAUUUAUUUUAAAGUUAUCUACGAUCUAUACAAUUUUGUAUAAUUAGUAGGUUUGAUAUAGGACAAAAAGAAACUUAAUUAACGGGAAUCUUCAGAUUAGGGAGGUUAACCAAUGGUAACACCCAGCAUUAAUUGCACUUAAAAGUUCCAGAUAUUAUAAUUAUAAUUUAUGUAUAAUUUAACUAUAACAAUGGGGUGAGCACUGAGCAUGUUUAAAAAGUCACUCUAUAUAUUAUAAUAAAUAUUUAAGAAAAAUUACUUAAUACGCCCCUUUAUCACGCAUCUCUUUUGAUCAUCCCUGUAAUAACCUAUAACUAGUUUGCCAUUUAAUUUUAAUUUCUAUACCAUCUAUAUAUUUAAUUUGUUCGCAUUUAUUGCAGACAAGGCAAAAAUCGUCUAUUCACCCGCCGAAGUUUUUCUUGCUUUCGGUAAACCCGGAACGUUGGACUGUCACUUCCAUUCGAAUCCGCCGUUAACGAAAAUCAGAUGGGAGAAAGACGGGUUCUUGUUCGACACGUAUAACGUGCCUGGAGUUUAUCACAAGUUGAACGGGUCUCUGUACUUUAACAGGGUGAGUAAAAAUCUACUUAUGAUAAUGUGAUAUUAGUAUACUUAAAAUGAUGGAUAGGGAAUACUGAGAUUUGAUUAAUUUUUAAAUUUAUUUUACGUAUGGUAAAUGUAGGUCGGAAAAGAACACAGUGGUAAAUAUACGUGCACGCCAUUCAAUGAUUUGGGAACCGAAGGUCCUUCGACGCCAAUGGACCUGAUCGUCCAGCAUCCGCCAAAAUUAAUAGUCGUACCAAAAGUGUUGUAUUUUCGUAAACUAGGCGAUAACAUUACGAUGCCAUGUGAAGCAGAAAAUGUGGAUAAUAAAAGUCCAGCAAUCGUUUGGCAAAAAGUUAGUUUGUUAUUACUUAUUGGGACGAGUAUACGAGAACAUUCCUCCUUUCUUCAUGAUUUAAUGAUGAGUUAGCAUCUUUUGUCCAAAAACGUUUGUACUUAGUUUUUUAAGUUAUAGUUUCAAAUAUAUUUUGAAUACAAUAUGAAAUUAUUAUUAAUAAUAAUAAUAAUAUAAUAAGUUAUGUUUUUUACUCUAUUAGUCAUUAAUUAAGUAUAUUAUUGGAUGAUUUUUGGUGUGAUGUUUUGUUUUAAAUUGUGAAAUAAGUUCAAGUCUAUAGAAUAUUGAAUUAAAAAAAUGACAUUUUUUGAGAAUUAGGGUGAUUAGAGUCAUGUGGUUUAUAGCAUCAGUUUGUGUGUUUCCCUGUAAAUAUUAAAAACAAAUUUAUUUUAUUAUUUAUAUAUUUAUUUAUGAGUACUAAAUAUUUUAAUAAUAUUGUUAUCUUAUUAUUUAUAAUUAUAUUCAGGCAGACGGUAAGAGUUUAUUUGAUCCUCGAGUGACAGUCGCCGGUGGUAAUCUCACAUUAACGGGCGUUAAAAGUGAAGACCGAGGAGUUUACCGAUGUGUGGCAUCCAACAUUGCUGCCACUAUAUCGGCAGAAACCGAAUUGAUCGUGGAGGAGAGUUUAUUCCAUCAGAAAAAUUUCGGUUUGCAUAUAAAUUCGACAAAAAAAAAUAUUGUGGCGUAUUGGAAACGGCCGUAUUCGUUUUGUACCGUAUGGUUAGUGUGACACUUAUUAUUAUUAUUAUUAUUGUAUUAACCUAUAAAUAAUAUUCAUUGAGAGACCUACACUAUUUUAGGUAAAUAAGCUGAAAUUUAAGUUGAUGGGUGGAGUGAAAAAUCUGGAGUAUAUAAAUAAGACCUAAUUGAUAAUAAAAAAAAAAAUAAUAAUAAUAAUUAUCUCAUGUCUAUUUGCAUUUGUAUGUAGGUAUCUAGCUGAUAUUAUAGAGACCAAAUGUUUUUCCCGUAAAAAAAUCGUAAAUUUACAGUAGUUAUAUUAAUUACCUAACAUUGUUGUUUUUACUGUUAAAUGAAUAAAAAUGGAAUAGUUAAGUCUUAAGCUUAAUAGGUAUUCAUAACAUUAUUCAAUGUUACGUCGUUUCAGGAGUAGAGAUACUAGUUUGAAGUUGUCGAACUGGAACGCGACGGCAACGUCUAGCGACGGGAAAGCGAUCCUGUGGAAUUUAAAUGCCAGCAAAGAAUAUGAGAUUAUGGUGUCGUGUCGGGAAGAGAUAAGCGGCGAGUCAUUGUUUAGUAAAUCGAUUCUAAUACAUCCAAAGGGUAAAAAUAACUUAGUUUACAAAAGACCUUAGUGAAUGUCACCAUACUAAUGAAUAACACAUUGACAAUGAAAAUAAACUUUUAAGAAAUCAAUAAAUCAUAUACUUGAAUUGUUUUUUAUGACUAGACUUAACCAAUUGAGAGAACGCUACACCCUCGUUUAUUAAUUCAGUUUAACUUAUGGACGAAAUAGCAAAAUUACGUUACUUGGCGUUUAAAUUAUAAUCGUAGUUUAAUUACAAAUAAUACAAUUUAAAGAGGACAAUACUUUUGAGGGCAAUAUGUAAAUUUUUUCUACAAAAUUGUCGCACAAAAAUAUGACAGCUACUUUAAAAAUACAAAAUCUUAAAUUACGGUAACAUUUUUGUAUAACACACUUCUGAACAUAUUAUUAGGAUCUUUUUGAGAUUAAUUUUUUUAUAAUAGAUGCUUGCUAAUAUUAUAAUUUCAUUAUAAAAGUUACAAUGCAUAACUUAACGUUAGAUAGCGAAGAAAAUGACUUUUUAUUUAAGAUCAAAUAUUACAGCUUUACUAUGACGUUUGUUUUUCUGUUUUGUUUGUCCAUAAAUAACUUUUCGAAUAGAAAAUGUAUUUCAAUCGAAAAAUGAAAAGUGAUUGUUUGUUGCAUUUUAGAUUUAGUUGCUCAACAAAUAAGUCGUUUUAUAAUUUUUCAUAUAGUUUUCAUAAUAAUUGGGAAAACCAGAAAUAGACGACCAAAUUUACGGCGAACGAUUUUAUUAUUUUCAAUUUUUAUGUGCGAUGUUUUCUACGAGAAAUAUUGGUCCAAUAGUAAAUAACAAGGGAUCUUUUUUAUUGCAUUUUUAAUUGAGUUGGUGACUAAGAAAAUCGUUUUUUGAUUUCCUCUAUAGUUUUUUAAUAAUUGGACAAAACAGAAAAAAUGUACGAACAUGAUGGUUUUAUUAUUUUAAAUUUAGUUUUUUUGUGCAGUUAAUUCAGUUGAAAAUAUUCGUAGGGGCAGCUACUUUUUUAGAAUUUCAGUGAAAUUUUGACUUUUUUUAUACGGCUUAAACUGACAUAGAGGCCAUAUACUGGUGUUUUUAUCGUAACUAAUCUAGGUACUAUUCUUAAAAAAAAAAUUCUUUUAAAAGUAUUGGUAUUUGUAUUAUUAUUGAUUACAAAUAUAAUGUACUAUGUAUAAUCAAUGUUAUUACUUAUGUAUUCACUACCUACUUAUUGUUUAUCUGUAGUGGCAGAAUCUGAUCAAUUGAGUUUGCAAGAAUUAAAUAAAUCCACCGGUCCCGUCACCGACUCGUUUGACAUCCGGGUAGAACGAUCCGGAGGCAAUUACAACGUUUCAUGGACUUUUACUGAUAAUUCGAGGAAGGAUCAGGCCGACGUCGAACGUUACCAGGUGAAAUGGUACGAUGCUUUCGACGGAAAAGAACUUGGAACGGCGUCUACUGAGGCGAAUAAACGACACAUAGGUAGGUGAAAUUUGUUAUAAUUUUAUAAUGGCGUAGCCAGAGGUGCUCAGGGGUCUGCAGUACUCUCAGAAUCUUUAAUAUAGUUUAAAAAAUUAUUUUUCUGGUCUAUGAAAGUUGCUGUAAAAGUCUUUAAUUGUUAGUAACUGAUCUGAUUUUAAAUUGUUAUCUUUAUAUUCGCGCUUUUCUAUCAUUUGAAAUGUUAGAAUAACCGCCAAGGUUAUUGUACGCGAUAACCAGUAGCAUGCUCGUUUAACUGAUACCACUACGGUGGACGCAGUGGUACCAAACAAGCAGUAACCGGAUCGCUUGGUCGCGAACAGUAGCUAUUCUAUUUUGUCCAACCCGUCAUCAUUUGACGUACGGUUUUGUUUACAUCGUUUAAAUGUGCUAUGCUUUAACAAACUUUUUAAAUCAAAAUCGUCUACGCAGAUUCGCUCGCUUAACGUUAGAAUACGCAUCGCGUUGUAAUUCGCGCGUUUUCACUAGGUUGCUAGACUCGUUUGCUCGCUUGAGUUGUGUCGAGUUGAUCGGUAUACAUACCGGCCUUUAAAAUUUCUUCAGACAUUACAACUUUGAUUUUUUGACACAUAGCUUCAAUAAUAUAAUUAAUAGUGGUCUUUGACAAUAGUGUAAUAACCCUACCGCCUUGAGAAGAAUCUGCAUUGUGACUUUUAGUACUUUUUUUUAUAACUUUAUCAUUUAUAAAUUUAUGUGUUAUUUCAAAAAGCACUAUUGCCAUGGCCAAAGCCCAAAAGUCAUUAUUUCCAAAUUAUGUAAAAACGUAGUAUGCUUAUGAAAAAACUAUUCCAAGGCAAGUUCAGUUGAUAGUGAUGCUUUGUCAACAAUAUAUUUGUCAUUUUAUAGUAAAAUAAUUUAAAAGGCUUUUUAUAUUUUCUUUAAUAAAAUUUGAUUAAUGUUGUACCCAUUUCGCGUUUUCCUAUGUUUUUUCCCAGUUUUUCAUAUUUGCUAGAAAACUCUUGAAAAAAUCGGAAAACUUCUAUCCGCUAAAUCAUUAAACUGACAAUGAUAGGGUGAACUCUAUAAUUAUUUUCCUUCCCAUAUGCUUCAAAUUCCCAUGAAUUGAAUGGGGGACUAUUUCCAUGCAACCCAAUAAGUAAAACAUUUUUGAAAAUCCUUUAUUACAUCUCUAUAUUAUAUUCUACGUGGUAUUUUAACAAAUAUAAGUAGUAUAAUAAUGUAUGUUCUGGUGCAGUUGAUAUUUAUCAUAAUUUUAACAAUAAUUUUUACACUAUUUUUUCUCAAUUUUUUAAAUAUCAAACUGUACCAGAAACAUUCAACAAAACUAUUAAAAAAAUUAUAUAAAAUAAAAAUGAAAAUUUAAUCCAUGAUAAAAAUUAAAGAAAAUUGAUUUGAUAUUUCGACGUUGAAAAAUUGAUUUGUAAUUGAGAUGUUGAAAAUUGAUUUGGAAUUGAUAUGUUGAAAACUAAAUUUGAUAUUAUAUAGGUCAUCAACUUUUAUCAAUAAUAUUACAAUAUUUUGUCUACCAGAAACAGAUGCUGAUAUAUUAAAAACCGUUAUAAAUCAUAGACAUACCAAACGAAAAUUUUAUAAAUUCUCAAAAAAAAUCAGUCGUAAUUUUCACACAUAAAUAGUUGGACGUAUCGGAAUCAUUCCCCGGCAAUUUUUCAUAUAGUAUAAUAUAUAAUAGCGAAUUGUUGCUAAACCAUAAAAAAUUACCUGAGGUAAUGCAGGGCGGUUUCUCUCAACAAUUUUUGGCAAAAAACGAUUGAUGAAGAUGAUGAUGGAAAAAUAUAACAUAGUAAGUUUUUCUAAAAUUUGUUAUUAUUGAAUUACGAUGACCACUCAAAAACUACUUGUUUAAAAAUAUCUUUAAAUCCUUGGAUUACCAAAGGAAUAAUCACAUUAACCAAAAACCGUAAUAAAUUAUUUAGGAAAAAAAAUAAUUCUUUAAAAUUAUUAAAUGAUUUUUUAUUUUACAAAUCAAAAAUAUUUCAUUACAUUAAUAUAUUGUGCAAAAAUUAUUUUAAAAAUGAAAUUAAUAUUAUUAAUAAAAAUAAUUCUAAAGAUCAAUGGGAAUUGCUUCGGAAAUAUCUAAAAAUUAAUAAGAAAAAAAUUCCUACUGGAAUUGAUUGUAAUUUAUUUAAUGAACAUUUUGUAAAUAUAGGAAAAUAUCUUGCGUCUAAAAUACCUAAUGUAGAAUUUGAAAGAGAAAAUAAAAAUUCUCAUAUUAACUUAUCUAUUUAUCUCGAACCUGGUAUAUCAGAUGAAAUAAUUCUUAAAAUUGAUUCGUUAAAAAAUAUUGUUGCUCCUGGUUCUGAUAAAAUCUCUGUAGAAUUUCUAAAAUUUGUUAAAAAGUUAGAUGCUGUCCCAUUGUCUAAUAUUUUUAAUUUGUUUAUUGCAAAAAAUUAUAUUCUGAAUGAAUUUAAGCAUGCUGAUAUUGUACCUAUAUAUAAAAAUAGUGGAAGUGAAUUAGAUCCGAAUAAUUAUCGACCGAUUUCUUUAAAAUUUAAUAUUGCUAAAAUGUUUUAAAUAAAAAUAAUAUACUCUCUAAUUCACAAUUUAGUUUUCAAGAAAGGACAAGUACAGAAGACGCAAUAUCUAAAUUAAUCUCUCAUAUUAAAACUGAUAAAAAUAUAAACUUGUUGUUUUCUUGGAUUUAAAAAAAGCUUUUGAUACAGUAGAUCAUGAUAUUUUAUUACCAAAUUAGAAAACAGGUAUAAAAGGAAUUGCACUAGAUUUGUUUAAAAUAUAUUUAAAAAACCGAAAAUGCCGUACAAAAAUCGGGAAAACAAAAUCUGAAAAAAUAUUAAUUAAUUGUGGUGUUCCACAAGGAACAUGUCUCGAUCCAUUAUUAUUUAUUAUUUAUAUCAAUAGUUUAACAAAUAUUAAAAUAAGUAGAAAUUUGGUGCUAUUUUUAGAUUAUACAGCUCUAAUAGUAGAUGGAGAUAGUUCAGAAGAAUUGUAUGAAAAAGCUAAUAAUGAUCUUUUUAAAGUUAGGAAUUGGUUAAUAGAAAAUAAAUUAUCUCAAAAUAUUUCCAAAAUACAGUAUAUAGAUUUAUCCACAAAAGCCGAAAAAAAUAAUAAGCUAAUAAUUCAUAAUAAUCUUUGUAAAAAUAAUAAAAAUUUUGAUUAUUCUUCAAUAUUUCUGGUAGAUUAUUAUAAAUACCUAGGAUGUAUAAUUGAUCAAGAACUUGGUUGGGGUAUUCAAAUUAAAAAAAUUAUUUCUAAAAUUAAAAAUCAUUGUCCGCACCUAAUGUUGCAAUAUAUUGUAGUUUUAAAAAAUCUGUAUAUUGUGCGUUUGUACAAUCUCAUAUUCAAUAUGCUAUAACUAUUUGGGGAAAAUGUAAUAUGUAUUUAGGUAUACUUCAAGAUUUUCAAAAUAAUAUUAUUAAAAAAAUUGAUAUAAAAAAUGUUGCAUCUGUACAAUAAUUAUUAGACCAUAGAUUUAAAAAAAUAAUUUUAUGAAUUAGAUUAUUUAUUGCUGCGAUACUUUGACAUUUUCAGCUUUUAAAAAUAAAAGCAGUUCAUCCUUUUUUAUUAUUUGUUUUUAUUAAAUUAUCAAGGUAUUCUCUGAAUUUUUCUCUUUCUAUUUUUGUUGAAUAAUGUCCCCAAAAUACAGUAUCAAUACCAUUUUCUAGAAUAUAUAUUUUAUCACCGUGUGCACUAAGAGCUUUUUUGUUUUGUUCAACAGUAUAUAUUUCAUGUUUAUCUAUUCUAAAAGUGUCUGUUUUACAUAUUUUGGAUUUUUAUUUUUUAAACAAUUAUAAAAAUCAAUAAAACAUAAUUCAUUUUUAACUAUGGGUUUUUUCACACCUUUUGCUUUUUUAAUUUCAUUUUUAUUUUCAAAUACUUUAAAUGUAUAUAAUUUAGAUCUUAAACCAACAAAUUCAGUCAUUAUUUGACCAUUAAGCUCAUAUAUAAAUUUACCUGGAACUUUUUUAUUUAUUCGGGGUAUUCCAUAUUUAUUAUUCUCAGGAUAAUCAGAAAAAUAAAAUUAAUUUAAAAGUUGUUUAUUGUUUUUUACAUCUGUAUACAAAUCAUCAGUUGUAAUUUAUACUAUUAAAGAAUCUGUGUGUAUAAUAGUCUAAUAUUUUUUCCAUAUAUUUUUAUCAAUACAUUAUAAUAAAAAUCAUACAUUCGAGCUUUAGAUAAAUCUAAAAUAUACAUUCCUAAAUAAAUUGGUUGUUUUAAUUUAACCUGUUUUUUUCAUAUGCACAGCUACUAAGUUUUCUGUAAAAAUAGUUGCUCGAUUAAAAUUUAGUUUAGCAUUCCACUUUUCCAAUUUUUUCCCAUCAUUAAUUAAUUUUAUAUCUUUAUGGUUUAUUGUGUUCAUCAUAUUUCUACCAAAUACACUGUUGUUCAUUAACUUAUAAUAAUAUUUUUCAAAUUCAUUAUCUGUUUUUGCACGAAAAUUUGUGUUAAAUUCUAUGUAUGGUUUCAACCAAUAUUUUUGAUCAAAUUUUAUUACCCUAUAUAUUUACUCUAAUUUUAAAUCUAAACUUAAAUACAACCUAAGAUUAAUAUAAUGUAGAAUAUAUUUUUUCUUAUCAUAUAGAGUUGUUAUUCAUUUUCGUAAUUUUUUAUUAUCAAAUACAUUUUCAGGAGCCAAUGGAUAAUCUGAAUGAAGAUCGUGAAGCUCUUCAGGAUAUUUCAAAUCUACUUCAAAAAUAUAACCCUUUUCCUGGUCAUCUUUCAUACUUAAAAUUUUUUCUGUAUUAAACCAAUCAGGAUUUUACCAUUUAAAUAUUUUAUAUGGUAAAUAUUUACACAUUGCCCAUCCAUAGAGAUUAUUCGCAUCCAAAUCUAAGAGAUAUUUCAUUAAUGUUUGUUCUUUUUUUUCUCCGAUAUAUAUUUAUUAUUCGCUUUAGAAUAUCUAAUACUACAUUGAGAUAGUUAUCCCUCUUAUUCCCUAUUCAAACAUUAUAUACAUAUCAGUAUCUCUUAGCAGUUCUAAUUUUACACCUGUUUUUCUAAGCAUAACAUUCCAAGCAAAGCCUGUUGUUUUAUAAUAAUGAACAGGAUCCAGCUUAAAAUCUCUUAAUGAAACAGCUUUAUAAUUUUCCAUUAAAUCUGUAGGCAAUAAUACAUAUAUUUUAUUAUAAAAUAUAGUAAAGUCUCUCAUAAUUUUUAUUUCGAAUGUUUCCCAUAUUUGUUUAGCUUUUUCAUAUGCAUUUUGUGUUACAUGUUCACAUGUAAGAGAGCUAUAUAAUUUAUCUAUAUUAGGUUAAGAUUCUUCAUCAUAUAUUUCUAGAGAAUCCAUAUAUUUAUAAGAAAACCAUAAUUUUCCUUUCACUAAAUAUAAUUUUUCAGGAUAAUGUUUAGAUAGUUCUUUAAACUGGUAUAAUUUUAAAGUUUUAGCUAAUUUUUCUAAAAAACUAGAUAAGAACUUGAAAGAAUCAAGAAAUCUUAUUUCAGUUGUUUUAAAAAUAGGUUUUCCUAUAUCAUCUAAAACAGGGUCUUCAGUUUCUGAAUCUAAUAUCUCAAAUCGUAAUAUUUUUGAAAAUGAUACGCGAUUUUCUUCACUAUUUGCAAUUGCUUUUAAAUUAGCUUUAUCAAUAUCAAAUGUUUGUAUGAAUAAAUGCGUGUCAUAACCAGAUAUAUUGUGGAAAAAUACUGGAAUAAAUCUAGGAACCUUAUAAUUUAAAUUACAUAUAGAAUGAGCAGCUCCUCGGUAUUUUCCUGUUAAGUAAUCGUGAUCUCUAACUUUUUUCAUAUUAUCUUCAAGGGCUUCAAGGAACAUCUUUCUUUCUUGCAUUAAUUUCUCAAUCCGCUUUUUAAAAAAUUCAAUUUUUUUUAUAUAUCUCCCUUUAUUAUGGAAAAUUUUUUUUUUUGAGGAUUUAUAAAAUUUCCGUUUGGUAUGUCUAUGAUUUAUAAUGGUUUUUAAUAUAUCAGCAUCUAUUUCUGGUAGACAAAAUAUUGUAAUAUUAUUGAUAAAAGUUGGUGACCUAUUUUUUUUGUACGUUAAUUUAAAAAAGUUUUUUCAAAACUAAUUAUGAGUGGUCCUUAUUCGGUAAUAUGCAUUAUUUUCGAAAAGCUAUUUUUCAGGUAUAAGGUUGCGAUAUCAAAAUAAAUUUGUUUUUUCUUUUAUUAAUUAUGUUUUUUCGAGUUUUAAGCUUACCAAAGUUUUCAACACCGUCGAUUCAAUUUUUUCAACAUCUCAAUAUCAAAUUUAGUUUUCAACGUCGAAAUAUCAAAUAAAUUUUCUUUAAUUGUUAUCAUGGGUUAAAUUUUUAUUUUUAUUUUAUAUAAUUUAUUUAAUAGUUUUGUUAAAUUUUUUUUAGUUUUGAUAUUUAAAAGAUUCAGAAUAAAUAGUAUAAAAAUUAAUUUUAAAAUUGUGAUAAAUAUCAUUUGCGCCAGAACAUACAUUAUUAUACUAUUUAUAUAAAUUUAAUAUAAACAUCUAUAUUUACUAAAAAACAUAAAUAAAAAAAAAUCAAUAUGGAUUCUCUCAAAUGGACAUUCUGUCUCUUUUUAUUUUGAUAUUAUUUUCUUUUUAGGGACUUUUUGUUUGAUUAAAAACAUUCUUUGUUUGCAAUAAUAUAUUGAACAUUACAUUUUUUUUCUUCUUAUUUAUAUUAGGGGUUACCUAGUCAAUUUAUGAAAACGAAUUGCACUAUGCACAUAUUCACUAUUAAAUGAAAGUUUUCAAAAUUGUAAAGUACUUUUUUAUAAUAAUAUUCUGUAAUUCAUGAAAGGCUUCAUGGUUGGCCAGGACAAAUGCAUAUAUAACAUUAGAUUAAAUUUGUGCAUUUUAUUUUUAUUUUUGAAUACAUGCACCGGUUGUGCCUAGUAAAAUGUAUGGGGUGUAGCUAAAAAUAUCCAGAUUUCAGGUUGUAUUGUUAGCAUUUAAAAAACAUUAUUACAUCAAAUAGGAAAAUUUAGUUACCUACAUAUGAUAAGAUUGGUACAAUUAACACCUUGGUAGUCAUUAAGUAUUAUAAAGAGAUCAGAGGUGAAUCAAAAUAAAAUUUUAAGUACAAACAAAUGAUAUAAGUUUGUGAUAUUAUAGAUAUAGUUAAUAAAUUAUUACUACAGACAUCUAUAUAAGAAUGAAACUUUUGUUUUCUUUAUUAAUUUUAAAAAUAUACAUACUAAAGACAUAAUACUACAUAGAAAAUUAAAUAUGAUGAUUUAUAUAUUUAUCAUGUUACCAUAAUAGAAAGUUAUACCUCUAUUUGCUGUUUCUAAUAACUACAACAUAGUUUUACAACAUAAAAAAUAUACGUUCAGCAUGGGUUAACUUUGCGCUGUUAGUUUUAAUAUUUAAGUGAUUUUACUUAUUACCAAACUUAAAUGAAAUCUAGAUUAAAAAUGUAACGAUGAUCUCUCAUCGUUUUUAUUUUUUAUUUGAGCAAUAUUUCUGGUAGAAAACAUAAACCUAAAAAAUUAAAAAUAAUAAAAUUAUAGUGCAGUAAAUGAAAGUUUUCGUGCUAUAUUUGAUACAUUUAAGCAAAAAUACUGGCAGAAAUUUUGUACACAGUAUAUUGAAAAAAUGAAAAAAAAAAAAAAAAAAAAAAAAAAAAAAAAAAAAAAAAAUAAAAAAUAAAAAAAUAAAUAAAAAAAUAAAUAGAUAAAUAAACAAAUAAAUAAAUAGAUAAAUAAACAAAUAAAUAAAUAAACAAAUAAACAAAUAAAUAAAUAAACAAAUAAAUAAAUAAAUAAAUAGAUAAAUAAACAAAUAAAUAAAUAAAUAGAUAAAUAAACAAAUAAAUAAAUAAAUAGAUAAAUAAACAAAUAAAUAAAUAAAUAAAUAUCAUUGUAAAACUAAUACUUGCUAUGCUCUGAAUCUAAAAGAACAAUAUUUGUGUAAUGUUAUUAAAUUGUGAUAUUUCACUCAUUCAUAACUCUUAUAAAUUAAAAUACAGGAAUAAUUUACCGAUUUUUUUUUAUCAUUAUGUAGAAUAGGUCAUUUUACUUACAAAGUAGUCCAUGCGGAAAUCAAAUUUACCAUGUCAAACGUUAGUAAGACAGUAAAUGAGUGCAUAAUUAAUGCCUCCAUAAAAAAGAACAUUAUACUAAUACCUAUCCUUAAACUAAAGUUCAAAUUAUAACUUAUUUAUUUAUAGUUCAUAGCUAGUUAAUACUUCAAGGGUGGUUGGAUGUGGUCAAGAAAGACUUGGACAAAAUAGGUAGGUAUAUAUAAUAAGAGAGUGAAAGUGACAAAUACUCUUGUAGAUUAGUAGAAAUAAAAAAUUAAUCUUCCCAAGAUAUUAUAAUAUAAAGAAGUAACAUUUUUAAAACUUAGAAUAAUUUUGUAGCAAAAAUGUAAAUACUACUCUCUGGCAAGAGAUAAAAAUUUGUAAUUGUUUAAAAAAUUUUAAAAAAGCAUUUGUGAUCCCAGCAACUUGUCAUUAAUUAAUAUCAAAAUGUACGAUUAACACAACAAUUCCAAAAUGAUCUAAGUAAUGAAAAUUGUAUUUAUUUUAAUUAUUAUACAUUUGGAAGAAUAUUCUUUUAUUAUUUGUAUUGCUGGGCCUCUGAAUAAAAAAAUGUUUUAUUAAAUUUUUUUUUUUUGUAAUCUACAUUACGAGACAUAGGAAAAAUAGCAUGAAGUGAUGGUUCAUUAUUGUCUGACCAGUGUACUGUGUUUGAGCGGAUGAGCAACAUAAAUGUACAUAUAAUAAAUAGCUUGGUUAAUUUUAUCAAAAAUUAAUUAAUAAUAGUAUAGAAAAAAAAAAAAUGUUUAAUUAUUAGUUGUUUAAAUACCAUUUAUAAUUAAAUAUUUUUAAUAUUUAUUUCAAAUGUUUUAAGUUCUUCAGGUUUAUGUACCCAUGUACCAAAAUUAGAUAUCUUGAAUGCUGUUAUUAAUGACUGGUUUGCUGAAAUAUAAUUUUGAUUUUUACAUUUUAAUGAAUCAUAAAAUAUAUUUGUUUGAUUGUCAGUAAGAGUAGAAAGGGUAUUUGUCGCAAGGCAUAAAUUUACAUAAUCUUCAGCUAAUUGCCUUUUACAAAUUCUUGAUAACUUGUUGGAAACUGUUCUACCAGUUCUACCGUUAAUAACUUCUGUUCCACCAUUUUCAAUCCAAACAAUACUAUACUGUCCUUGAUGAGAAACCCUACGAGGAAGAAUACUGUAACCACGGAGUUCCGGUUCAUGUAUUCUGUGAUUAAAAAAUUUUGUUAUACAAUUAUUUUAAUCAUUAAGAUCAUUACUCACUUAUAAUUUUGAGGUAAACAAUGAAAACUGUUCUUAAUACGGCCAAAGAUUGUUCUUUUCAUGUGUGUUAAAUUAAAUACACUGCCAACUGAUAUUGAUUCUAAGUAGAUAGGCUUUAUAAAAUUGGCUAGCAAAUUGCCUUGAACUCCAAGUACAGUCCAACGUGUCAAUUUGUCGGAACAUGACAUAGUUACAAGGCGUUCACCUUGAGCUACACCAUCAUACGUUUGUACUUCUCGACCAAACACUGUUACAGUACCAGCACCAUUUUCAAUUUUUGAUCGAAGUAACCCUCUAUUUAAACGAUUAAACUGGUGUUCUGUAUCAGAAAAGCUGAAAAUUCUUGCUUCACCACAUGGAGCAGUAUUUAUAUACAAGUGAAAUUUAAUAUCGUCCGAUAAUUUGAACAUGUAGUCAUUCUCAUUUGUAACAACAAAUACAGAUGGUUUUUUAUUUAUACAUUCUACAAGUUGCUGAUAAAUAUAUUUUAUCAGACAUCUGCGAGUCAAUAUUUCUGCAUGACAAUCAUGUAAUGUUUCACCGUUUAGGCUUAAAUUGUUACCAGAUAAACAUUUUGUACCUGUUGCUAGACAAAUAACUUCUGAUGUUUUAAUAUCAUUUGUUGUUACCUAAAUUUAUAAAAAAAAAAAAAACAUUAAAAUAACUCAUUUUUAUUUAAAAUAACUAAUCAAUAGUAAACAUUUUACUUUUAUAAUACUUGCGAUAACAGUAUAUUCUUUAUAUUUGUUAUUAUCAAAUUCUAAUUUUUGGUAUUGAGCAUUUGUUAUAGAAGCAAAAUGAUCUAUUAUUUUAGAUUCUUCGUAAUCAGUACGAUAAAUUUCUAUUCGAUCUUUAUAUUUGGCAUUUAUUGGAUGCACGUCAUAUAAAGCUUUUAAUGCAUUACGGCAUGCAACUUCUUUUGCUUCUUUUUUAUUUUUUCCAUAACCAACAUACUUGUUUCCUAAAAUAUUGACACUGAUUGUUUCUAAUAAACCAUUAGAAACCUCGUGUUCAUAUUCAAAAUUUUGUCCAGGAAAUAUUUCAUUUAAGAUGCAUAUAGCAGAUGUUUGAGGUACUAUGAUAUGAUUUGCAUCACUUUUAUAUUUUUUACAUGGGGGACUUUCAGUAAAACAAUCUUCUAAACUUCUUUUUUGAGAACUUUUCAAAUGAACUUGUAUAGAAGUAUUUGCAACAUCACUACUAUUGAAUUUCAUUAUCGCAUUAAUUUUAGCUUUUUUUUUCGAAGAACCUUCUCCUUCAAAUUUCAAACCGUUUAAAUACAAAUAAAUUUUAAAAGUAAGCAUAUGGGGGGGCCCUCGAACUAGAAAAUUUGACCAUUUUUGAUUAUUAUAGGUCUCAUUGAAAACUUUUAGUAUGUUUGAGUUUUUUAUAUUGUUUGUUCCGUUCAUUUUGAAAUUAAUUAUUGAAACUGAAAAAAAAAAAAAAUUAUCAACCAGAGUAAAUAUGUAAUAGUUUUACAAUUCUGUUUAUUUUUUAUUAUUAUUAUUUUAUUUUUUAGUCUGUGAACUAAUUUUUUCUUAGUAAACUUGCUCCGAUUAUCAAAAAUCGCAAAAAAAAAAUGAUAGUAUUUCAAAUUAUGUAUUACUGAACUGCGCUCGAAAUCAUCUUUUGUCAAGCAAUGGUUUAUCGUUGCUUACAGAUAUAAAUGAAAUAACCUUAUAUAUCCUACCUUCCAACUUCCCACCUACAAUAGUGGCUGCACCCGUUCCCAGUAUAAGCUCCUUUAUUAUUAUUUCCUUCUAACUUAAUUAAAACAAUUUAGAUACAUAUAAAAUAAACAAAUACGCGGGGAAUAUUUUUAUCUAAAACUUAUCAAAUCAUAUAAUCACCAAUACACAAUUUAACUAAAAUAUAUAUACUUUUCAAAAAACAAUUGAGUCACUAAUUAUAAAAUUAAAAUAAAUUAUAAUUUUUAUAAAACUACAUAUUAAAAUAAUCCAAAAUAUAGUUUUAAAACAGGAAUUACAGAUUAUUUUAUAAAUUAUUAUAUUAUAUAUUAGCUUAUUAUAGCUAUUAUUAUUAUUUAUUUUUAUUUAAAAGCAAUAUGUUAUUAUUCAUUGAACAAUUAUUGAUAGGUAUAUACUAUCAUUUAUGUCAGCUUUGAUUAUUUUUUUAUAAUAUUAUAUAGAAGUUGAAAAAAUAAAUACAUUAAGAAGAUCCAUAUUAAGUUGACAGUCAAUUUCCUGAUAUGUUGUACUACUCAAACAAUUUUUUUUUUUAAAUGUUAAUUUUUAUUUGAAGAGUAGUGGGACUAAAAAAUUAUGAGCAAUUAUCAAUUUAUUUAAAAUAAAUAUCAAAUAAUAAUAGUAAAAUUGGAUAUAAUUGAAUAGAGAUGAGUGGCAAAAUAAAGUGCAAGUGGUAAUAAGUCUAAAUGUCCUCGAAUAGGCUUUAAAAAGAUAAUAAGUGGAAAGAAUGGAACAGACUGGUUGUAAUUAAAAUUAUUUUGUAUUAAUGUUUUAUUUUCAGCUCUCAACAGAGGAUUUAUGAGAUUGCAAUCGAAUAAUGUGACAGUGAAACAUCAAUAAAUUAAUGCAUACAUUUUAAUUGUCAUACAAAAGUCAGGUGGAAUAAAAACUAGGAUAAAAUUUUUUAUUAUGCUUUGACAAUUACCUACCUAUUAUUGUAUAAUAAUUAAUAUUUAUACAAUUUAUCUCAGAAAAUCAUUAGGUAUAAUAAAUGCCUCAUGCUAACAUUAUGAUAUUAUCAUCAAUAGAUUAUUAUUGAAAUGAGUUAAUUGCUCACUUAAAGUAGGCACCUUAGUUUAAAUUUAAUAAACUUAUUAUUUACUAUAUUAUUUAUGCAUUUAUUAUUUCAAAUAAUUUAUUGGUUGAUAGUAAGGUUUUGAUUAAAAUAAAAAAAAAUUACAAUAUGUAAUAUAUUAUACUUAAAACAUAAUAAUUUAUAAUUAUAAAAAAAUAUAAAGGUAAAAUAAUGAAACAAUCUUUUUGUAGAUAAAAAUUUGAGAAAUAGUCAUUAAUUAUUAUGAUAAAGAGCAAAUUUUAAAAUUAUCACUGAAUGUCACAUUUUAUUCACUGAAACAAUUUCAAGUAGGUAAAUAAUAUAAGAAACAACAUUUUUAGUAAAUUAUUGAUCACCUUCAUCCUAAACUUCCACUUGAUCUGAUCACCUAUUAUAUACACUAACUCUUUUUCAGUGUCCUCAUAUCAUUCUCAACCACAUCCAAUCACUUCUUUUUCAGUCUUCUCUCUUUUCACCUACAUCUAUUUUCAUUACACCUUUUAUUGUUUCUGAUUCCUCUCUCCCCGUGACAUGCCCAAACCAUCUUAGUCUAUUUUUUCUUAUUUUUCUAUUAUGAAAACCACAGUUAUGCUACCUCUAGUGAAUUUGUUCUUUAUUCUAUCUUUUCUCGUCAUACCUUAGCAUUUCCAUCUCCGAUACACAUAUUUUCUGUCUAUCGCUAAACAUUCCAAACCAUAUAACAUAGUUGGCUUAAUAACACUCUUGUAGAACUUACUUUAAAAUUGUAUUGGAAUUUUCUUGUUAUAUAAAGCACCUAAUACUUUACUCUACUUUAUCAACUACACUUGAUUCUAUGUUACUCAUUCUAUUCAUUUUGUUUCUGCAUAAAUCUUAGAUGGGACAAUUUGCCUAAGAUUUAUUUAGAACUAUUUAACAGAAUUUUACACCUGCUUUGUAAACAACUCCAUUUAUCACCUCUUACAACAACUAGAGGUACCUUUUAAUAAUAACAGGUCAUAACUAUGAUAAAUUGAUGAUGAAUUAGACAAAUGAGAACGGAUGCCUAAGUUAGAUUUUAUUAAUUUUAAAGUACCUACCUAAUGGAUUAACAUUAAUUACUGUAAACAACCGAGUUGUUAAUGUUUUUUUUUUUAAUUUUCACUGAAAAUAUAAUUAUACCAUAAUAAAAUAAUAAGUAAAUAAAUAUAUAAAUAAAACAUUUAUAUAUAAAAAUAAAUAAAUAAAUGUAUCAAUGUGUUGCCUGGAGUAUUAUGACAAGUUAUAGAGGUAUACAACCGGUUUCGAAUUAAAAAUUUAUCAAGUAUAUCUGUCAAAAUGUAAAACGCAACCCAACAAUAUAUUUACUUAUAUAUUUAUUUACUUUAUUUAUAAUACUAUAUUAUUAUUUGUUCUGAACUAUUUACAGUUAAAUUUAAACUAUUCAAUUAAUUAAUCUCAACACUUAAUUAAAAGUAAAUGAGUAUUUUAUUAUUCAAUAUGAACUACAGGUUAGGUUCAUAACAAUAUACUUGUAGAUACCUACUUUAACUGUUACAAACAAGAAUACUAUAAAAUUUUCUACCUGACAUUACAAUAUUGUACAUUGGCGGUUGAGUUAGAUACUGUUUUGAAGUAAAUAAUUCGACUACAUCGUAAAAAACUAAAAAUAUUUCGGUAAAUACUUACUUUCACACAACCAAUAAGUUAACAGCACUAUUAAAAAGUAAAAUUAAAUAUAACUAAAUAGUGGUUGUAACAACUUAGAACUAAACUAGAAUACCGAAAAUACAGCCAUAGAGAACAAACAGCAAAAAUGGUAUUUGUUUAUAGUAAACAAUAAUUUUGAGAUUACUUUUUGAUUAUUUAUUGUUAUCAAAUUGUCGUUUAUUAAAUUAAGUUACGUUAAGUUGAAUUACCAAGUUAGGUUAUCACUAAACAAAUAUAUGCUACUUGCUGAUUGGCCCACAAAGGUAUCUCAAAAAUGAUUACACUCCAUAACGCCAUAGAUGAUACAAGAAUGGAUGAUAAUGAGAGUUUAUCACAGAAACGAAUAUUUUUAAAAUUUAAGGUUACAUGUGGUAUCAAUAAAGUUGUAAACAUGGUUAAAGGUAUGGUUGUAAACUUUAUCAAAAAUAAUCAAUAGCUCAUAACUAAUUUUACUUUUAUUUAGUACUAUAAUAGGGGGAACGAAAAUAGUGGCCGCUGAUGCGCACGCUCCAGGUGGUGUAUUUAUAUCAUAGUUUCGCAAAAUUAUGAAAACAAAGCGCGCGUAUUUUGAAUGAUUAAAUGUAAUAGCGAAGCUAUGGCUACUUAUUAUGCUGGUUGACCGCAGAGGCGUUGCUCGUGCCAAUUAUUAUUUUACCCAUAUUCAUUUUUGGUUUUGACCGUGCCAGACCUGAAUGGAAACAAAUAGAUGGAAAGUGAGUAGUCCACCUUUGAUGGACGAAAUGUGUUCUAUUGUGAAAUUUCAAUAGUGUAAAUAAUAGUAAUAAUAAUAAUUAUAAUAGUUUUUUUUCCGUGGCAAUCAAAUUAUCAUCCGUAAUACCAAGAUAACCCUCGAAUAAACAAUAAUGAAUAAAUAAGCACUUAGAUAUUCGUACCAAAAAUACCUAAAAACCCUUAUUUUACCUCCUUAGGGGUUGAAUUUUCAAAAAUCUUUUCUUAGCGGAUACCUACGUCAUAAUAGCUAUCUGUGUGCAAAAUUAAAAAAUCAUUUAGAUGAAAAAACUUGAGAAAUCAAAAAAUUACCUCUCUAAAGUACCUCCCCACACCGAUUUCCUUUCAGAAAAGGUGCCACACUACACAUAGAAAUUGGAGUAAGAUCUCUGGUAGAUAAGUUGUCCACAGAAAAAAAAAAAUACUAACAUCUUUGUAAAACUACAAAAUCAUUUGUUCGCUCCAUUCAGAAUCUAAAAUAUUACUGCUUUUCCUUGUGAACAUCUUUUCUACCAGCAAUUUGGCUCCAAUUUACAAUGAUAGCAUUUUUUCUGAAAGGAAAUCUGACUGGACAGGUACUUUAGGUAGGUAAUUUUUCGAUUUUCUCAAGAGUUUUCCCGUGAAAAACGGGAAAAUUGGUACAAUACUACAAUUUUAAACAAAUACUUUUAAAGAAAAUAUAUUAUACCUAUUUAACUAUUUUAAUUAUUUAAUUUUUUGUUGACAAUACAUGAUUAUUAAUUGAACUCCGUUCAAAAUCGUUUUAUGGCGUAUCGUUGCUUAUAGAUAUACAUUACAUUUCUUUUUGUAUCCUACCUUCCUAACUUCCCACAAACAACCUAUACCCCUUAGAUAGUUUCUUUUUAAUAAUAUUUGUUUAAUAUUGUAUCUAUUUUACUGCUUUCCCGUUUUUUCCGGUGUUUCCAUAUUUUGAGAAAAUCAAAAAAUGACCUCCAGUUAAAAACUUUGAAUUUUAGUUUGAUUUCAUACCUAUAAAUUCAUUGAAAUCUUUAUUCAUACAUUUUAUAUGACAAACAUUCUAUUAUUAUAAUUUUAUUUAUUAUUUAUUAUAGGUAUUCGUUAUUUAUUUUAUUUGUUGUUUCUUAAACUGAACACACAAAUGUUGACCAAUUUUAUUUUAUCAGAUUUUCCUUAAAAAAAAAAAUUAAAUUAUAUUGAACUUUUAUUGAAAUUCAAUUUCUUUUUUUUUACCUUUUUUCUUUUUUAAAAAGCCUAAAUGGUUCUUAAAAACCUUCCUUAGGGUUAAACGAACACGGCUAUUAAAAAUAACCUAAUCGAAUUUAAAAUAAUCUGAAAUCUCUCAUAGAUUUUAAUUUUUCUCUGGAGACCAAAUCUGAAAAAUGAUGCUUUUGACAGAACGUUUUUUUUUUCAAUAAAAAAGAAGCAGUUUUGUUUCCAUGGUUUCCUGUUUACAAUCUAUGCUUAAAAAAAAGUAAAAAUGUUUAUUUUUUAGUUUUCUGAGCUAUUCAUUUGAUUUUCCUUUUCAUAAAAACUCUUUUAAGGGUUAAAAAAAAUGUUUUUUUUCUCAAGUUUUGCGCUUACCAAAGUUUUGAGAAAUUAAUUUUUAUUUAUGUAGAUUAAUUAAGCUUGAUAAAUUUAAUUAAUGAUUUGUAUAUUUAUAAUCAUGUAUUAUCAUUAUUUAUUAUGUAUUAAUAUUUUAACAAAAACUUUAAAAUUACAUUACAAUUAAUAAUUUUGUACCUACAUAAUACGCUAUUAGAAAAAAAAAAUAUGUAUAAAUCACAGCUCUGGUUUAUGAAAAUUUGGUAAAUUAGUAGGUACUCAAUUGAAUUUAUUCAUGUCUGAAAUGGAUAAGUUUCAUUUAUUUAGUAUAAUUUUAGUAUAAUUUAGUACAAUUUAGUACAAUUUACCUUUAUGUCAUCUUUUAUCUUUCUAAUAUCGUGAAAAAUAGGAUAAUAAUAAUAAUAAUAUCAAAUUUUAUUGAAAUAUCUACUUGAAAUUGUUUUGAUAUACACAAUUCAAAUAAAAUUACGUUGAUUGAAUUCACUUGUUUGAAAACUUGAUUGAAAAUUUUACCACAAAUAGCUAACAUUACUGGGAGCGAUGUAUGUCCUAUGUAAUAUGUAGGCUGAAAACACGUAUCAAGUACAAUUCGUGUACCAUAAGAAACUAGAUCUAAAAUGUCACAAAAAAGGUUUUUUGUCAUUUUUCAAUUGGAGAAUUGAAACUCUGGUUGAAAGGGUGUCUCAAAAAAAAAAAAGAAAAAAGAUAAAGAAUUAAACAUCAUUGAAAAACCAAUAAAUUGCUUGCUUCACUCAAAAUCUAUUUCAUUAUUUUAGCCUUUAGCGAUAAUAUUAGAUUCCAAGCGUAGCGAGGGUGCUUUUGGUUUUACAAUGCUGUUUAUUUCUUUUUUUCUUUGUUCUUUGUUCUAGUCUGUAGACACGUUUUUACCUAGUAAACUUGUUCCGAUUUUUACGUCUAGACAAUUUUCUGAAAACUCAAGUUGGCUAGAUUGUACUUUAUGAAUAUCAUAGAUACCUAAAUAUACGUGUCGUAAAUAAACGCUUGUGUGUUGGUAUGACUUAAAACGUGCGGUAAAUUUUGUUUACGCGGUAAAAAUGCCGUGCGGUAAAAUAAUGCCUAUGUCUAUGUAUUCCCAGCCUAAAGGUGGUCCAAAAUUAUUGCAAAUCGAUAGAAUGCGCUUCGGUCAGUAGUGAUAUUGGUUUUACAUGUAAAAAGUAUAGGGGAUUUAUUGGUGUUUUAUUAUUAUAAUGUAAAUGGUGAAACUAAAUGUUAAUUACUAUUAAACAUUUUUUGAAGACCAAAUUUUCGUCAAUCGAAUAGAUGUAUUUUUAAUUAUAUACGACUUUUAUAAUAAGAGAUAUAAUUGUUUUAAAUAAAAUAAUUCCGAAUUUUGUAUAUCAAAAUAAUAUAAUAUCAAUGAAUACGUGUUAUCACACACUAACACAAUCACAAAAACUUCUACUAUCUAAUGUUUAUUGUUCAUGUUUAUCCAAGGUUUUUUUUAAUAAUUUUUGUUUAUGGAUGUUUAUAUUUUUAGGUUCCAGGUUAAAAUAUCCCCGCAAAAAUAUUUCUAGUCAAAAUAUCUCCUAUAAAAUAUAUCUCUGGUAAAAUAUUUUUCCUAUACAAAAUAUCUUUUAAAAAAUCUCUCAAAACUCAGAAGUAACAAAUAAUUUAGUUGUAAAAUCAAUACAUAAAUAUAAUCAUUUAAGUUGCAACUACCGUGUCAUAAUUUUAUAAAAAAUAUAUCUAAUAAAGUAAACAAUUUGAGUUAAUAAAUGAAUAAAUAAAGGUCACUUCUGCUUUUUACACAGUGCAGUCACUGCAAGUCUAUAACUUUAAUUGUAAUUUUUUUAAUAUUGUUUGUUAUUGUUAACGAUGUGUAAUAAAGAUAGAACUCUCAUAGUUAUAUUCAUAGGUAUUCAGUCUGUUAAUCUUCGGGUAAUUUAGGUAUUUGGCGAUAGGUAACCGAUAUCAUUAUGCCAGCAAUACGACGGCUCGUCGCUAGGUGAUCGCAGUUACUAAAUUAGUAUUGGAAAACUCCUAAUAUUUUUAAAAUAUUGUCUAAUGACCGUGACUGUGACAUAAUAUAUUAUUAUUAUUAUUAUUAUUAUUAUUAUUGUGUUGGAGAUAUGAUGUACCGGAUAUAUUUUCACUUACAUAUUUUGUAUGGUUAUGUUUAAGUAAUAAUUUAGGUAAUAUUACAAUGUCCAGAAACUGUUUUAUUCCUGGAUGUGCCAAAUGAAGGUUACAAAUCACACGGUAAAACAAUAAAACACAAUAAAACACAUGGUAUAAUAAAUAGACCAAUGUUCAAAGCAGUAGCGUCAUUUCAGUUUUUGAAAGGAGAGGGCAAUAGAUUUGACCAGCCCAUAAUAAAACUGAAAAAAAACCGCUCGCUAAUUCAUUCGUCACAAUUAAUUUUUAUCUAAAUACAAAUAUCUUUAUUACAUCAUUCUAUACUUGAUAUUAUAGGCAGAUUAACCCAUUUUUUCGAGGGACAAUAAUGAGUGAAUAAUAAAUAUAUAUAUAUAUAGAGAGAGAUACUUGAAUAUAUUAGAAUAUAUUACUCAUUAGCUAUUAUAUGAGGAUUUAAUUUAAGGUGAAUUUUCCCUUAAUUUAUGUUCUGUUUGCGCCUAUAUGUAUGGAGUUUACAUGAAUUUACAAAAAACUUAACCAUGUCACCAUGGACAUCAGUAUAAUGAUGGAAUAAAUUAAAUAAGAAUAAACACUCCCAAAAAAUGAUCAUGAAAUCUUAUGAGAACCUGGCAAUUUCAGCUAAAGUGCAACCAAUGUUAAUAAAAAGUACAGUAAAAAAAAUAUUAAAUACAAUUGUCACACGUAUCAAAAUUAUUAUCAUAAAUAAAUCUUAAAAAAUUGUAGCUCAGAGUGGCCGUAUGCAACAUAAAUUAUGUGUGCAGGCUUGUGGCCCAAAAUUAACUUAUACCCGGCCCAAUAGAGGCCCACCGAUGACAAAGGGGGGGGGGAAAUGCUUUUCCUGCCACUAUCCAAAUGACGUCAAUGGAUCAAAGCUCCCAAAAAAAGAUCCCAAAAUCUAAAUUUGAUAUUUUAAUUUAAUAUCUACAGCAUUGGCUGGCAUAGACUUUGUUCACAUAGUAUGCAGCUAAUAAAAUGUGGUGCUCCUCAGAAUGUCCCUAAAAUUUUAUUAAAACAUAUUAUGGUUACUACUUCUUUUUAGAAAAUAAUAGCUUUUUCAAUCUUUAUUUAUCACUGUAAAAUCAAAACGUAUUUUAAUAAAUUCAUAUUUAUUACAAUUAAAUAAUACAUAAUAAUAAUACUCCAUUAAAUAUCAGAUAAAUUAAUUUGUUUUAGCUAUUUUUUAUUUUGACUACUUUGGAUUGUUUUGCAAUUUUAAUACUUUGUUUUACUAAUUUUUGUAAUUUUCAUUAUUCAAUAAAUUUCAGGUUUAGCGCAGUAAUAUGUAAGUGUUAACGGAUCUUUUAAAAAAAAAAUUGAUUGAUCUGUUGUUAAAAGAAUUAGGCACGCUCCGACCGAGUUAAAAAUUUAAAAAUUGCAUGCAUAUUUGUUUUUCAGUUUACUUUAGCAUAUUCCUUCCCCCUCCCAAGUUGAAUUUAUUUAAAAAAAUUAACACACUACAGUUAUGGGUAGUAUAACUUCGAUACAAGUAACUUAAAUACGAAGCUAUGAUACAAUUGAAUCUUGGAUCGCGACACAGUUUUAACAAGUAUCGAGGAUCUUAUAUGCCUAUUCUUCAUUUUAAUAAUGGGAAGUAAUUUAGAUUAAUUUUGUUUUGUCCAUAUGCUAUUUUUUAGUCGUGGAAUUGGCCGGUGGAAAAACGUACGUGAUACGGGUGACGGCCACCACGGUGGACGGCCAACAAAUAACGUCAAUUGUGGGUAGCCGUUUGUUUCAAACACCGGCUGCCGCAGUGGCAGCCACUACGUCGUCGUCACCACCAUUCGUCACCGCUGCCAAAUAUUACUACAUGGCACUGUUCGGUUUACUUGUCACGGGCUUCGUCGUGUUGUGUUGCAAUUGCUACUCUAAGAGCGGUUAACCUGGCUUAUUGACUGACUGGAGCAUAAUGCAUUAAUGCAUUAUUACAAUCACGGUAUCAGUAUCAACGUGAAAGUGUACACCUGUAUUAUACAGGUGAUCAAAUAUCAUCACACUAAUGUUUCGGAAAGUACCUAAAAUAUUUGUUCCUUUUUUGGAAUUUUAUUUUUAGAAUAUGUUAGAUAUACAUGUAGUUCUAAAAUGUUCCAGUUUCAAUUUAUUUCAUCCUUAUGCACUGUCCCGCAGAUUCUGUGUCACAAAUAGCGGCCCACUACAUCUAGGUAUUAAAAAAUAAUAAUAAUUUACUUGUACAGUUGUUAAUUAUAUCUCUAAUUAUAUCACUAACUUAAUGGAAAUAUUAAAUAUUUAAACAUCAAAAUUUAUUUCAAUUAAACUUUCAUCUAUUUCUGGAAAUUUUCAAUAUAAUUUAUUAUUAUUCAAAUAUCCAACAGGUUUAACGUUGUUUUAUUACUAAACAUAAGUGCAUUCUAAAAUUUUUUGGAAUUGUUCACUUUGAGUUUUCUAAAGAGACAAUUCUGAGAAAUCUUUUUACUUUCCAGGAUAAUGAGUGUAUAUUACAGAAGAUUGACCACACUGUAUAAUUAAAGAAUAAAGGCAAUGCAAUUUGUUUUACCUUAAAUAAUUAGUUUAAAGUACCUGUUAUAUGUAUAAUAAUUAUUAUAACUGACUCUCUAUGAUUUUUAUUAUUAUUACUUAGCACAAAACUUAUUAGACUACUUAUUCCUGUAAUGUUAGUGACUAGUACACAAUUUUAAAUCAAUUUAAAUCUUUAAUAUCAUAUCCAAUUUAUAAAUAUUAUUUGAUUUAAAUAAUGAAAUAAUAUUGUACGUAAUACAUAAGCUUUUAUAUUU